AUGUACAUCAUGGAUCAAAAACCACAAAAUCACAGAAAAACACACAGGAAUACGCCGUCGUUUUCCUCCAUCCUUCUGGACGAAAUCUACUGCUCGAUCGACGGUCGAAAAUCGAACGAGCCAAAGGCGCUCGAUCGAAUGCCUACAAGAAAAAAUAUCAACCCGAAAGCCAAGGAGAAAGGCGAAGCCAGAAGAAAACCGGCAUUAAUCGAGGACUCGUUUUUCCACAGCUCGACAAAUUCUAGCUCUUCCGACAGCUCCUGCGCAUUUUCCGACACCGAGUUUUUCCGGACAAGGUCGAAAGUCUCCAACUGUUUCCUAUUCGACGAGCGCCAAAUUAGUCGGAGGAACAAAACCGAGGAUGACUCGGUUUUCGUGAAGCCGAAAUCGAUGCCCCACAGAGUCUACGCCGGUUUGAAGAAAGUGAAGCAGCCGAUCUCGCCAGGUGGCAGGCUAACGAGCUUCAUCAGCUCGAUUUUCGCGGGCUCGAGGGAGAAGAAGUCGAAGAAAGUCGAAAAAUGCCAAGAGGACGUGUUGAAAAAUCCGGCACGGACGGAGUUGAGGGUGAGGAUUGGGGGGCAAAAUGGGAAAAUCGAAGAGGCUUCGAAACGUGAUUUUGUUAAGAGUAAGAACGAUGAAGUCGAGAUGGAUGGCGAUGUGGAUGACGAUGAUGACUUUAGUGAUUCGAGUUCGGAUUUAUUCGAGCUCGAUAAUAAGGCCUUGUUUGGCAAUUACGAAUUUUGCGAGGAACUUCCUGUGUAUGAAAGUACUGCUCAUUGCUUAUUGCCUGUUAGAUAUAAAGUAAAAUCCGAUGACAGUGUAAGGAGACAAAAUGAAAAUAAUGACAAGUUUGGAUUUAUUAGUGAAGAGGAUAAUCGAGAACAGGGCAGCUAUUCCGCAUUAUUGAAACCCAUCAGGAACGGGGCAGCUAUAACGCAUUUUCAUGAUGAACAGCAGUCCGCAUUAUUCAAACCCAUCACGAACGGGAGAGCUGUAACGCAUUUUCAUGAUGAACAGUCCGCAUUAUUGAAACCCAUCACGAACGGGAGAGCUGUAACGCAUUUUCAUGAUGAACAGUCCGCAUUAUUCAAACCCAUCACGAAUGGGAGAGCUGUAACGCAUUUUCAUGAUGAACAGUCCGCAUUAUUGAAACCCAUCACGAACGGGAGAGCUGUAACGCAUUUUCACGAUGAACAGGUUCAAAUGUGGAAAACCAGGACCUUUCUCAUCUGCUUUCAGCCUCUCACUCCUUAUAGGGACUCGACCCUCCGCCGAGGCGAUAUUGAUGUCACGACCACUUUAGGCCCUAGCACCGGCCGCAGCCCUAGCCCCGAGCCCAAUCGUGCUAAUACCGUUUCAAUCCAUGGAGACAACACGGUGAAUAAAUUCGAUGGCGAUAAUCAUACGGGCAAUAACUGUUCUGAACCUGAAUUGCUACCGAAGGGGAAUUUAAAGGAAGAGGUGAAUGAGGUGAUGUCACUCAAGUUUCAAUCGUUUCUCAAAUCGAACCCACAUAUACAUAAAAUAUACGUGAAAUAUACACUUGAGAUUCUCGUAAUUCAAACCAGUUACAGAUCGGGACACACAUAUACGUAA